AUGAUGUACCAGCUAACAUUUGAUAAGGAAAAUCAGAAGCGGAUCCAUGCUAUUGAGAUUUCAUUUGGGCCAUCAGGGAAGCCCCUCUCCCAGCCUGGUUGGGUUCUGGUUGGACAGGGCCAGUUGAUGAAGCAGAGCCGUCGGGGGCCCCAGCCUAAGUUCUUCCUCUUCAAUGAUGUGCUUUUGUAUGGCAACAUCAUCCUGAAGGGACGCUGGUGCAAAAACCAGCAGAUCAUCCUUCUAGAAGACAUUCAGCUGGAAGACUUGGUGACAAUGAAGAACCAGUGGUUGAUUCGUACACCACGCAAGUUAUUCUUCGUGGCAGCUGCCUCAUAUGAGGAGAAGCAAACUUGGAUAGAGCAUAUGGAGGACUGUCGGUUCAGACUGCUGCAGGGUGGGAACCGCAGACCUGGUUCUACUUUCGCUGUCACCUGGAUCCCCGACCAAGCUGCUACCAUCUGCAUGCGCUGUUACAACAAGUUCACUGUGACCCAACGUAGACACCACUGCAGAAAAUGGUGCUUUGUGGUCUGCAGCUCAUGCUCUAAGUAUCGAGCAGUAGUUAGACAUAUUCACACAACUAAGCGGUUAAGGGUCUGCUGCAUGUGUCACUUGAGUCUUCUGAGCAUUGGGGAGACAGGCUUGGAUGAAGAUGGGGUAGAAGGGUCCAUUGAAGAAGAAGAGGCAGAGGACCAAGUGGAAGACCAUGACAUAAGCGAGUGGAUGGACUCCCAGAUGGACUCCUUGUAA